AUGGCCAAGGCCCGUAACCAUGGAGCCCGCCGAGACGACUCCCAUCCGGGCGCUGCUCCGGGCCCAAGCGAAGAGGACAGAAGCCUCCUCACCGACGACCCCCUCUCCCACGAAUACCAUCAUGAUCGCCAGGCCGGCCAUUCCGCCGGCCCGCGCGACGACUACUUCGUACCCCCGAAACAACAGUCCGCCGCGCCACUCCGUCAAGCCCUCCGGUCCCCGGGGACGCCACGCACCCCGAACCGCGUCCGCUUCGACCCCAUCCCCUCCAUCGUCCAGCCCUCGCCGCCCCGGCCCUCGAUGACGAACAGCAAUGGCUCGCGCCCCAGCCGAGACAGCUUCGACAUCGACGACGACGAGAUCUUCCAGCACGCGCCGGGUUACGACGACCACGACGACCACCACCGCCUGCCUCUCCUGACGGACAUCGAGGCGCCCUCCGUUGCGCUCGCCAACAGCCAGUGGGUCGAGGAUGCACACGAGUGGGCAGAGACGGAGCUCAACCGCCCCAAGUCCGGGCUGAAGAUGGCCUUCAUGAACAUGGCGAACUCCAUCAUCGGGGCCGGCAUCAUCGGGCAGCCGUACGCGUUCAAGCAGGCGGGCAUGCUGGGCGGAAUCAUACUGCUAUUGGGGCUCACGAUCGUCGUGGACUGGACGAUCUGCUUGAUUGUGGUCAACAGCAAGCUUUCCGGGAGCAACAGCUUUCAGGGGACUGUGGAGCACUGUUUCGGACGGACCGGCUUGAUCGCCAUCUCGGUCGCGCAGUGGGCGUUUGCUUUUGGCGGGAUGGUGGCGUUCGGCAUCAUCGUGGGCGACUCAAUACCGCACGUUUUGACAGCCAUUUGGCCGGAUCUGAGGGAGAUGCCCGUGUUGGGUCUCUUGGCGAAUAGGCAGGUUGUUAUUGUCGUUUUCGUGCUGGGCAUCAGCUAUCCGUUGACUUUGUACCGGGACAUCGCCAAGCUGGCUAAGGCGAGCACACUCGCGCUCAUCAGCAUGGGCGUCAUCGUAGCGACGGUCGUGAUCCAGGGAGCUCUGACCCCCAAGGCGGACCGAGGCUCAUUUACACCUGCUCUCCUGACCGUGAACAGUGGCAUUUUCGAGGCCAUUGGUGUUAUCUCAUUCGACCGCUUCUCGCGGGUGACGCACUACUCGGUCGGCAUCUCGACGGUCGCCUGCCUCAUCGUCGCGCUCGCCGGCUUCCUCACCUUCGGCGACAAGACGCUCGGCAACGUCCUUAACAACUUCCCCGCCGACAACGUCAUGGUCACCAUCGCGCGCCUCUGCUUCGGCCUCAACAUGCUGACCACCCUACCCCUCGAGGCCUUCGUCUGCCGAGAGGUCAUGUUCAACUACUUCUUCCCCGGCGAGCCCUUCAACAUGAACCUGCACCUCAUUUUCAGCUCUAGCCUGGUCGUCUCCGCCAUGAUCAUGAGCCUGGUGACGUGCGACGUCGGCGCCGUUUUCGAGCUCGUCGGCGCCACCUCGGCGUGCGCCAUCGCGUACAUCCUGCCGCCGCUGUGCUACAUCAAGCUCAGCUCCCGCUCGUGGAAGACGUACGUCGCGGGCGGCAUCGUCGUCUUCGGCACCGUGGUGAUGGUCAUUACCUUGAUACAGGCGGUCGCCAAGAUGAUUAGCAACGACAGCGGCCCGGCCAAGUGCAUGUAA